AUGUCUAAUCUAACUGGUGUUGAUUAUGAUUAUUCACCAAGUCGUUGGUCAAAUCGGAGCAAAGAUGCUAAUGAAAUUAUUGUUUGGCAUACACAAACAUUGAAGAAGGAAACUGAUUUAGCACGUACAGAGCUGCGAUGUAUUUUAAAUAUUCCAGUCAGUGAUUUCAAUGAUCAUUUCAUUGAUAUCUACUUACCAAAAACAUGUGAUCCAUUAAAUCUGGAAAAUUCAUUUGCCAAACGGGCCGUAAAACCAGUUGUAUUUGUUUAUAUUCACGGUGGCUAUUGGCAGUACUUGUCAAGAGCGGAAAGUGCAUUUAUGGCACGUUCUUUUUGUAAUGAAAAUUAUAUCGUUAUAAGUGUUGGUUAUCCACUGGCUCCACAGGCAAGAAUGGACCAAAUAAUCGCUUGCGUCGAGACUUCAUUCUCAUUAAUUUUAAAUUGGGCAAAACAACAUUUAUUUCGGGUUUAUGUUUGCGGACACUCAGCGGGUGCGCAUUUAGCAGCAAUACUUCUUUCUAUCAAUUGGCUUGAGAAAUAUAGCAUACCUAAAGAUACAUUUGGAGGAUUCUUUCUUAUUUCGGGUGUUUAUGAUUUACAACCGUUAGUUGAUACAUAUAUUAACGAACCAUUAAGAAUGACUAAUGAACAAGCAAAAUCGUUUAGUCCCAUGUUAUAUGAUUCAAUAUUCUGGAGUGAUCUUAAAUAUGUACCUAUUCUAUGUAUUUGUGGUGAGUAUGAUCCACCUUCGUUUCAUGAACAAAAUAAAAAAUUUGGUGCAAAACUACGAAAUCUGGGUUUCCAUAAUGCUGAAAUUGAAACAUUGUCAAACGACGACCAUUUUACUGUCAUUGAACAACUCCAAACAAAGAAAUCUGUGUUGACAUCAAAAAUAAUGGAUCUAAUUGAACAAUGUUUGUUAGAUGAUUCAAAAAUAAAAUCAUAG